CAGGAUAGCAGUUUUGGGUUGUGACAAACUCCAGCACUACAGGAACCAUGGUUUCCCAGUGAAGCGCCACUGCUUUCACAGGUUCUGAAACUACCAGCCAGUCUUCCUUGAAUUUUGGUGUGUGCGAGUCCUUGGUGGAGGUUGCAUAUAUACAUGUUUUCAUGAAGAGAAGUGAGAAGCCAGAAGGUUAUAGACAAAUGAGGCCUAAGACUUUUCCUGCCAGUAACUAUACUGGCAGCAGCCAGCAGAUGCUACAGGAAAUACGAGAGAGCCUCAGGAAUUUACCUAAACCCUCAGAUGCUGCUAAAGCUGAUCACAGCAUGGGCAAAAUGUUAUCUGAAGAUCCUAGACAAGGCCGAAAUCCCCCCAAAUUUGUAACAUAUCAUAAGGUUUUGCAGGAGAUAAGAAACUCACUUCUGCCUUUUGCAAACGAAACAACCUCAGCUGUCAAAGGAACAUCAGAAGUUAAUCGACAAAUGCUGCAAGACUUACAGGCUGCUGGCUUUGAUGAGGAUAUGGUUAUACAAGCUCUUAGACAAACUAACAACCGUAGUAUAGAAGCUGCCAUCGAAUUUAUAAGUAAAAUGAGCUACCAGGAUCCUCGUCGGGAACAGAUGGUUGCAGCAGCAGCGAGACCUGUAAACGCAGGUAUGAAACCACCAGGGACUGUACAGCAAUCGGUUAACCGCAAGCAGAGCUGGAAGGGUUCUAAGGAGUCCUUGGUUCCUCAGAGGCACGGCCCUUCUCUGGGAGAUGGUGUAGUUUAUCGCUCAGAAAGUCCCAGCUCUCAGCCUGAUGUAGGAAGGCCGUUAUCUGGAUCUGGCAUUGCAGCAUUUGCUCAGGCCCAUCCUGGCAAUGGACAAAGAGUGAAUCCCCCGCCUCUGCCGCAGAUACGGAGUGUCACUCCGCCUCCACCUCCUCGAGGACAGACACCCCCUCCAAGGGGAACUACUCCUCCACCUCCUUCCUGGGAAGCAAACUCUCAAACAAAGCGUUACUCUGGAAACAUGGAAUAUGUGAUCUCCCGUAUUUCUCCAGUGCCACCAGGAGCAUGGCAGGAUGGUUAUCCACCUCCACCUAUGAAUCCUCCACCUGUAAAUUCUUCCACGCAGGGUCAGAGAGGCAUGAGCGCUGUCCCUAUUGGCAGGCAACCAAUAAUCAUGCAGAGUUCUGCCAACAGCAAAUUUAGUUUUCCCUCGGGAAGAGCUGGAAUGCAAAAUGGCAAUUGUCAGGCAGAAUUCAUAGUUCACCAGAAUGUGGUGUCUGGGAACUCUGUCAGUCGCCAGCCACCCCCAUACCCCAUGAAUCCAACUAACAGGCAAAGUCCCACAGCACUACAGAUGCAGGCAGGAGGAUCUGCUCCUCCUUCAGCAUACACCAAUGGGAAUCUUCCUCAGGCAAUGAUGGUGCCAAAUAGAAACAGCCACAAUAUGGAACUUUAUAAUACAAACGUAGCUGGAAUACCUGCGUCCUGGUCACAGCCUUCCCCUGUGCAACCGCAGUCAUCACCUGGCAAUGGGCAUGACAUGCCUACGUGGCAACCCAACGUUCCCGUGCGGUCAAAUUCUUUCAACAACCAUCAUGGAAAUAGGCAGAGUCACUCUAGCAGCUCUCAGCCUUCGGCUACAACAGUAACAGCUAUAACACCAGCUCCCAUUCAGCAACCAGUAAAAAGUAUGCGUGUGUUAAAACCAGAGCUACAGACUGCCUUAGCGCCCACUCACCCUUCCUGGAUGCCACAGCCAGUGCAAACCGUUCAGACCAUUCCCUUCUCCGAGGGUCCAGCUACAAACAUGGCAGUCAUGUCUCCUGUUGCAGAGGCUCCAAAUUACCAGGGUCCACCACCACCGUACCCAAAACACUUGUUACACCAGAAUCCCUCUAUCAAUCUGUAUGAGACAGGACCCAAGCUCAACAAGGAGGAACCACCUAUUUUAUCCAAGGAGGAUGAGAAUGAAAAGAAUUAUGAAUGCGUUGAUUCAACAGAUAAAGAAAAGAAACAAAUUACAACAUCGCCUGUUCCUGUUAGAAAAAACAAGAAAGAUGAAGAAAGAAGAGAGUCUCGCAUUCAAAGCUAUUCCCCUCAGGCCUUUAAAUUCUUCAUGGAGCAGCACGUGGAGAAUAUACUGAAGUCGCAUCAGCAACGUUUGCAUCGGAAAAAACAACUAGAGAAUGAAAUGAUGCGGGUUGGAUUGUCACCAGAAGCCCGAGAUCAAAUGAGGAAAAUGUUGUGUCAGAAGGAGUCUAAUUAUAUUCGGCUACGAAGAGCUAAAAUGGACAAGUCAAUGUUUGUAAAAAUUAAAACCCUGGGAGUCGGUGCAUUUGGAGAAGUUUGCCUAGCAAGAAAAGUGGAUACUAAUGCUUUAUAUGCAACAAAAACUCUGAGGAAAAAAGAUGUAUUGCUUAGAAAUCAAGUUGCUCAUGUGAAAGCUGAGCGGGAUAUCCUUGCAGAAGCUGAUAAUGAAUGGGUGGUUCGCCUGUACUAUUCAUUCCAAGAUAAGGACAAUUUGUACUUUGUAAUGGACUACAUUCCAGGAGGUGAUAUGAUGAGUCUCCUAAUUAGAAUGGGUGUCUUUCCAGAAAAUCUGGCGCGGUUCUACACAGCAGAACUGACCUGCGCAGUUGAAAGUGUUCAUAAAAUGGGCUUCAUCCACAGAGAUAUUAAACCUGAUAAUAUCUUGAUAGACCGCGAUGGUCAUAUUAAAUUGACUGACUUCGGGCUCUGUACAGGUUUUCGAUGGACCCACGAUUCAAAAUACUACCAGAGUGGUGAUCAUGCACGUCAAGACAGUAUGGAUUUCAGCAAUGAAUGGGGUGACCCAGCAAAUUGCAGGUGUGGAGAUCGGCUGAAGCCACUUGAACGUAGGGCUGCACGUCAGCAUCAGCGCUGUCUGGCCCAUUCCCUUGUUGGCACACCCAAUUAUAUUGCGCCAGAAGUAUUGUUGCGAACAGGUUACACACAGUUGUGUGACUGGUGGAGUGUUGGAGUAAUUCUCUUUGAAAUGUUAGUGGGGCAGCCUCCAUUCCUGGCACAAACACCGCUGGAAACACAAAUGAAGGUUAUCAACUGGCAAACUGCACUUCAUAUUCCACCUCAAGCUAAAUUGACUCCAGAGGCCUCUGACCUUAUUAUUAAACUCUGCCGAGGGCCAGAAGAUCGUUUAGGCAAAAACGGUGCAGAUGAAAUAAAAGCUCAUCCCUUUUUUAAGACAAUUGAUUUUUCAAGCGAUCUGCGGCGGCAGUCUGCUUUCUACAUUCCCAAAAUUGCUCAUCCUACGGAUACAUCGAACUUUGAUCCAGUUGAUCCAGAUAAAUUGUGGAGUGAUGAUGAUAAGGAAGGGAACAGAAACGAUACACUUAAUGGGUGGUACAAAAAUGGAAAACAUCCUGAACAUGCUUUUUAUGAGUUCACCUUCCGAAGGUUUUUUGAUGAUAAUGGCUACCCAUACAACAAUCCAAAGCCCAUUGAGUAUGAGUAUGGUAGUUCUCAAAACUCAGAACAGCAGUCGGAUGAUGAUGAUGAUGAUGAUGAACAGGCAGGUAGAGGAGUUCAAAAUCGUGACCUGGUUUAUGUUUAGUAGAGGAAUAAAGAUCAAAAACUAAAUAAACUUAUUUUGUAGC